GAGCAAUGCAGCUGGCUGGCUCGGUGCCAGCGAGGUCUGUGGAGCGGUCGACUUGCUGCUGGGCAUUGACGACGAUGAGGCAGGCGACAGAAGGUAUCAGGGCAUGGUGUCGCUGGACAACCCGAAGCUCUCCCUUCCACUUGAGAUGUUGCUUGCGGUCCGCGAUGUCAAGGACGAGAGCUUCAAUCUGUUUUAUGCUGGAGAUGAGUUCCUUUUCCAGUGCAGAGAGCUGCGAGAUGGAAUCAAGCAGUUCCAUGGGAAGAGCGCCAGAGUCUUCACAAAGAAGGGAACACCCAGCAUUGACGGCAUCCGCUGCAUUGAGGAUGGUGUCGUGUAUCACGCACUUUCAGAAGGUGGCGAGGCUGGCACUCACAAAGGCUUCGACGUUUGGUUCAAGACGAAAGAUAAUGUGCUGUUGGACGUGACCGGAGCUACGAGUGCAAGUACCUGCAGCGAAAAAGCUGAAGACAUCGACACGAAUGCAAAAGCGGUGAUGAACGAAGUGCAGAGCGCGACAGUGGCUGUGAAAUCGGUCAUCGGUGUGCUUUUCAGCGCCAUCGAAGAGCGGCCUUUAGCUCAAAUGGCGCAAGGCGCACGAGCGGAGUCAGAGCAGAGCCAAGGCGGAGUGGAGGUGCGCACCAACCACAAAGGAGGCACGUUUCUGCGCCGAGCCGUUGUUUUGGAGCAGCUCCGAGCCUUUGGAUAUUCCGGGAGCCCAGCAGUGCCUUCGACAAGAGCUGCAGCAGCGACUGGUUUCGGUCAUCAGGAAGCCCGCGACGGCGACCGGCUGCUCAAAGCCAAGCUCUCGCGGGAUGCCCUGUUUUGGUCCGACGGCGAGCUUGUGGGCCGUCCGACCCUGGCAUGCAGCUCUGCUCGAGUCAAGGUGCGGACUUUCUGGAUGAUGAGCGACGGACCUGCGUAUGCAGGGCUCGCGGAGGAGUUCCAGAUGCACUUUCCGUGGGCUCAAGUGAGCUUUGUGGAUGGACAGGUCUCCAUAGAGGCGCCCGACCGAGCGGUGCUGAUCGAGGUGCCGGUGCUGCUGCGGCUGAACAUGACAGAGCGCGGUUUCCAGCGGCGCGAGGUUGCAGGAGGUGAUGCUGGGGCCGGUUUGCUGAUUGUGCAGGCUAUUCGUGCUUGUUGCGUGGCAUAUCUUGCUGCUGACUUCCUCUAUAAAGCCAGGCGCCUUGCGGUCGCUUUGCCUUUCCUCUUGGUCUUCGGCUUCCACGGCGUGACCUUCAACAUCCCAAAGCGCAUGCAUGAAGUUGCCCAAGACAAGGGCAUCAGUGACAUUGAAUACUUGCAAGGGGUCAGCGCGGCAGCAGAGUCUUACAAAAAGAGCGACCAGAUUGCUGGACGAACUGGCUUCAUCAAAGCACUGCAGAAGGAGUUCUACAUGAUCUUCGGCGGCAACAUACUUCUCUGCCAGCAGGCAAUCGAUAAGCUUCUUGAGCAGUUCGAGCUUGGUGCAGAAGACUCCUUCAACCCCUUCAGCGUCCGAGACGGGGAGACGGAGAGCCAGAAGGGCGCCCGCAUCAUCGCCAAGAAGAACUUCGGCGGCGUCAUCAACAGAGAGACGACCACCUUUUUGGACCAAGACUUGAAGGAUGACAUGUUCAGCAACAGAAGCACGACGCAGGUGCUCAUCCCGGCCACAAGCUACCUGCGCAACUGUAUCAAGGCAGAGGGCGUGCCGCUGCUCCAGGCAUGGGAGAAGUAUGAGGCGUCGCUGCCGGUGAGAGCGCUGGAGCAGAUCAACGCAGCGAGAGACCGCGUGGCCUACCUGUCAGCACCAACCAUGCGGGGCAAAUCCGCCGCUAUCCUUCCAAUGUUUUGCCGAAGUCACAGCCCUGCGCCCAACCGCCAACUGCGCGAUUUGCAGACCAAUGAGCUGGAGCGGGCAGGUGCUGACUUCAUGCUCCAUUGCUUCAGGUUUCCAAUUGCCAUGAUGUUAGUGGACGUUGGGCCCUUGCUGACUUUCAACGCGUCAGAUAAUGCGCCAGCCACGGCGGCAGGCUUGCCAAGAAUCAGGCUUCCUGCUGUGGGAGUCUGGAAUGGCAAGGCGCGGCGUUUGCUCGCAACAUUGCGGGUCAAGCUGAGUCUUUUCCUUUUGGGGCGAAACGUUGGUCUUGACCAACUCCACAUUAAGCAGGAUGAGAAGAGCGAGUUGCGCAGGACUUUCAGAGAUAUUCAAGACAAGCUUGAGAAAGAGGGAAGCCUUGACGGCAAGCUCAUUGGAGCCAUAACAACUUUCAGAGUCAAGUUGCCAGAGCUGGGUGAGCAGGUCUGUGGAGCGGUCGACUUGCUGCUGGGCAUUGACGACGAUGAGGCAGAUGCUGGAGAUGAGUUCCUUUUCCAGUGCAGAGAGCUGCGAGAUGGAAUCAAGCAGUUCCAUGGGAAGAGCGCCAGAGUCUUCACAAAGAAGGGAACACCCAGCAUUGACGGCAUCCGCUGCAUUGAGGAUGGUGUCGUGUAUCACGCACUUUCAGAAGGUGGCGAGGCUGGCACUCACAAAGGCUUCGACGUUUGGUUCAAGACGAAAGAUAAUGUGCUGUUGGACGUGACCGGAGCUACGAGUGCAAGUGCCUGCAGCGAAAAAGCUGAAGACAUCGACACGAAUGCAAAAGCGGUGAUGAACGAAGUGCAGAGCGCGACAGUGGCUGUGAAAUCGGAGAUGCUGCAAGAGACCUAUUGGGAGGCUUACAACAGCUCUUGGCCUGGCUUGGUGAAGAUGUUGACUGAGCUCUUUGAGGUCGGACUCAGCUGCAUCAUUGGCGAGGCAGAGCUGAUUCGCAAGGCAGAGGGCGUGCCGCUGCUUCAGGCAUGGGAGAAGUAUGAGGCGUCGCUGCCGGUGCCACAGCAGAUUGAUUCCGACCUGCUUCUGGGCUUCUCUGAAGAGAAGCUGGAGCGGGCAGGCGCAGACUUCAUGCUCCAUUGCGUCAGGAGGCAGAUGAACGGAGCGAAGUUCAAGGAGGCAGUUGAGAAGUUCUUGCAGAGAAACAGGAGGUGUCGUGUGAUUGCGACCUACCUUGAACCGCCGGAUUUGCCUGCGCAGGGCUCGUCCCAGGUUUGCAGGUUUCCAAUUGCCAUGAUGUUAGUGGACGUUGGGCCCUUGCUGACUUUCAACGCGUCAGAUAAUGCGCCAGCCACGGCGGCAGGCUUGCCAAGAAUCAGGCUUCCUGUAGAAGGCUGGGGUGGCAAGGAAAAGCGAUUGCUCGCAACAUUGCGGGUCAAGCUGAGCCUCUUCCUUGUGGGCAACAUCGGCCUUGACCAACUCCACAUUAAACAGGAUGAGAAGAGCGAGUUGCGCAG